AUUAAGUACACGGGCUUCAGGGACCGGCCCCACGAGGAGCGCCAGGCGCGCUUCCAGAACGCCUGCCGCGACGGCCGCUCGGAAAUCGCUUUUGUGGCCACAGGAACCAAUCUGUCUCUCCAGUUUUUUCCGGCCAGCUGGCAGGGAGAACAGCGACAAACACCUAGCCGGGAGUAUGUCGACUUAGAAAGAGAAGCAGGCAAGGUAUAUUUGAAGGCUCCCAUGAUUCUGAAUGGAGUCUGUGUUAUCUGGAAAGGCUGGAUUGAUCUCCAGAGACUGGAUGGUAUGGGCUGCCUGGAGUUUGAUGAGGAGCGAGCCCAGCAGGAGGAUGCAUUAGCACAACAGGCCUUUGAAGAGGCUCGGAGAAGGACACGUGAGUUUGAAGAUAGAGACAGGUCUCACCGGGAGGAAAUGGAGGUGAGAGUUUCACAGCUGCUGGCAGUAACUGGCAAGAAGACAACAAGACCCUAGUCCCGGUUCCAAUUUAGGUGGUGGUGAUGACCUCAAACUUCGUUAAUUAGCACAGCAGAUGUGUCGCCCAUCUUUACAUACACAUUGCUUCUAAUUGGCAGAAAUAAUCAAUUAAAAGACCAGAAACUGUGAUAACUGGAGGUACUACGGUCUAUUUCUCAAACCUAAGCAGUAACAGACAUCACAAACUGCCACAGUUUUGCACUAUGAUUAUAAUACCUGCAUUUCUAAUUUUUUAAGCAUGUAAGCCAGUAAUAAUUUGAAUUUUUUUUCUAUGCAAGCUUACCUUGUUGGCAUUAUUUUACUAAGUUGAAACGAUCCAAUUGUGAAGCUCUUUUUUCCUCCAUUAUAAUUUAAAAGUUCAUGUCAUUUUAAACACAUCAAGAAAUUAAAAUUUAUAACGGAAUUUUCUUCUCUUAUCAUUUUUGUACUUUUAGAUAUGUUGGUUAUACAGCUUUGUUUUAAAUAGGUAUUAUUGCUUUUGUUUUCUCUAUUUCCUUUUGUGUUUUUAUCAUCUACAGCAUUUUAAAACUGCUGAUGUUUUUGCAUUAUUGACAAGCUAAAAACCUAGUAGCAUAGAGCUGUCUACCACAGCCUUCUAACACAAAGUUUACAGUUGUUAAAGUUGCGGUAUCCUUUUAAAUGCUAGUAAUCACUCCCUUAUUUUCCUUUUUAAACAUAAACAUUUUUAAUUAGUAUUAUUUCUGUAAUCUGCCCAGAUCUGUUUUAGAGUAUGUUCCAUAAUCAGUUUAGGUGGAGAUAUUCUCCAAAGACGAUAAUAUUCUACUGAAAUGCCUAAAGAAGUCACAAGCUGGCUUCUGUUUUAUUCAGGGAUUUUUUUAAAAAGUCAAUCAGAAAAGGGAUACUGGAGCUUCUUCAUGUAUGUAACAGCAUAUUAAACUGGAGACAGUGAUGAAUCAGCUACAAAGGUAAUACUGUAUUAAAAUCAUGUUUAAGAUAGCUGCUUUUACGUGUCUUUUAUAUCGCAUGCUUUUGUAAAAAUAAUGCUGGAUAACGAAAGAUUAGUCUUAGAGAGAAAAUGUUCAUCUGUGCAGAGGAUACAUUUUCUUCCAUUAAUUAUUCUGGAAAAAACAUUCACAGUUAUAUAUGGUAUCUUGCAAAAGGAGUAUUAAUAGAACCUUUUGAGAUGAAUUAGUGUAGGAAUAUUUUUUAAAUAGGUUCACUGUCAAAUUGAGUGUAACUUUUUGUUUUUAAAUACAAGACUGGAAAAAGUGCUAAGUCAUUUGGCACCUCCUUACAAAUAUUUUUCAUGGUCACAUUCAUUAAAUGUUACUACAUUUCUGAAUUUUUGCAAAAAAUGUAUUUUAUCAUAAUAGAAUGGCAUUAUUUUAGAAAGUUUGAAAAACUGACAGUCAAUUCUGAAAAUGAACUGAAGUCUGAAUAAGGUCAUUGCAUUCAAAAAGUAUCUAAGUAUACUUGAUUGAUGAGGGAUAUGUGACUUUCAUUGUACAUAAGUCUUAUAAUUCAUAAACAGAUAUCCUGUAUCUGAGAAUAAAAAUAUUUGUUAUAUAUUUAAAUCAUGCAUGGUAAGGAGUGUUUAAAUCAUUUUAAACAGUAAUGCGUCAUGACACCAUGCUGAUCUUGUGUAACUGAGUACUAUGAAUGAAUUUGGUUGAUAUUUGGUAUUGUGCAGCUCACAUGUUUACACACUUGGUGCCCUAAUUUCCCCUGAGGGAAUGGCCUUUUAAGUGAUCCUUACAGUGGUGUUUUAAGGUUACUUUAUCACAGAGCUUCUUGGUGUUUGACUUCUGCACUUAACAUUUUUUUUAAGAACAUGAUAAUGGAACAUUUUUCUCUGUUGCUUCUGGCUAAGGGCUUUUAGUCCACCAGUAUAUAAGAUAAAAUGUUAUUAAAUGUUUCUGUUACCAUCUUUCUGUAAAUACUGAAUAUUUCCUGUCAUUUAGCACUGUGCUGCUUCUGUCUGUCUUAAUGCUGGCAUUAAGAUCAUGAGUCCUUUUUCUCCAGUAAUGCAGGCUUUGAAAACUACUUUUAUUAAGUUAUUGAUGCAGUUUGAUCAUUUUUCUUAAUCUAUAUUUAAACAGAAUUACAUCAUUGCAUCAUCUUUUCUAAAUUCAUCUCCAUUAAAACUUUGCCUUAAGCUACCAGGUUGCUUAUGCCACCAUUAGCCAUACUGUGUGUUUGUAUGUUUAAUUUACUUUCGCAAUAAACUUCUGUGUAGUGAAAA